AUGGCAGAUUGGACUAUAGAUCAAGUUGGUGAAUGGUUGAUAGAAAACGGUUUUGAAAAUAAUGUAAAAACAUUUAAAGAUAAAAACAUUGAUGGCUUGGCUCUAAUGAGAAUGAGUGAUGAUAAUAUUUCACAAAUGUUAUGUACUUUUGAUGAAGAUGAAAUUAUUGAAAAACCAACAGAUGAAAUCGACUCACCAAAACAACAUAUGGUGAAGACACCUUCGCCGCCAAUAUCCCCUCAUGAAGAUCAAAUAACUGACAUUACUAGUAGUAUUGAUAAAACAAAAUAUUUAAUUAAUGAUAAUAUUCAUAUUCAAUUCUUCAAGAAUCCAAAAUUUGGUCCGUAUCUAAUAGAAUAUUUACAACAAAAAACAUCUGGUGUGGAAAUUACAAUUGAACAAUCACCAUCUAUAAAUAAUGAAUUACCGUCAUCAUUCAGCUACACAUUAUAUUUAUCAGGGCCAAAUCAAGAUAUUGAAUCGACUUAUGAUGAGAUCAGCAAAUUGUUUAAAACCGUAAAAAUAAAAAUAUAUAAAUCGGGUCGAGUUAGAACAUGGUUACGCAAUCCAUUAGCAGUUGGUAUUAUACAAGCAAUAAUGGAUAAUGAAAAUAAUCUAUUUACUAUAUGUCAAUCGAAUGGAAGAUAUAAUGAAAUUCUGGAAAUUUUUUAUUUUGAUGAUGAAAACUUUAAUCAUCUUCAAAGUAUUGAUCAUAUUAUUGAAAAUGAUAUUCUAAAGAAGAUUAUUACACUACCAUCAAUAGUCAAUAAACACAUUUUAAAAAAAUCUAAAAAAAAUACUAAACAUAAUAUUCAACAUGAAUAUUCUAUUACUUACACAAAACAAUAUCAAAAUAAAUUAAAGGAAAUGAUAGAGAAUUAUAAUAAAGAAAAUAAUAUGAUUUCUAUUAUUUUAAAUGAAAAAAUGUAUAAUAAAGUAAGAAAACAACGGAGUAUUCAUAUAUUUGGAUCUAUCAAAUUAGUUAAUGAAUUUAUACAAAAUUUUCAAAAUUUAGCUGAUAAAGAUACAUUGACAAUCUUCAAAUUUAAUCCAAUGACAUCGAUUCAAAUGGAAUAUCUUACAAAUAUUGGUUCGAAAGAAUUAAAAGCAAUAGAAAAAGAAUAUCAAAAAGAUAAUAUCAAAAUACGAAUACGGCAUGAUGAAUUUUAUGCACCAGAAAAAUUCAAAAAUGAUAUUGAGCUUCGAAUGAAUUCUUUAUUAUCUUCAUUAGAAUCAAUCAUAUUUGAAUGUAUGCCAUUAUAUUAUGAUAUAGCUGAUAAAGAAAUCUUACAUUUGAAAAAUAUUGCACGUAAAAAUCAUUGUGGUUGUGAACUGAAAUUGAAAAAACAAUUGAAAUCGUAUACAAUUCCAAAAGCCAUGGAAACAUCAUCCACAAUCAAUCUUGUUUCAAGAUCACUUAUGAAACAAUCUGAAUUAUUUUGUUCUUUACCUGUAGUUUCUCAACAAGCAAAAACAUUGAAUGGAUCAAUUGAAGUUCUUAUUGGUGAUAUAGCAGUACAAAAGGCUGAUGCACUGAUUAUUCCACUUGUAUCAUACGGAUUAAAACAAAGUCUUAUUGAGCGAGCAGGUAAUAUCAUAAGACAAGAGCAACAAUUAGAUCAAACCGAAAAGGAUCAAAAUUCAACUCCUUUCUUCAUUGAAACAAUAGCAAGUAAUUUAACAUGUAAAAUUGUCUUAUUUUCAAAUUGGUCACCAUUAGAAGUAACGAUGAAUGAUGAUAAUUUACGUGAACACAUACGAAAAUUUAUUACGAAAUCAAUUGAAUAUGUCAUUCUGAAAAAUGAACAAUCGAAUAUAAAAAUUGAAUCAAUUGCAUUUGCAGUACCUGAUUCAUGUAAACAAGAAAAUAUUUUAGCUGAAGAAAUGAUUAAUGAAACAAAACGACAAAUUGAAUUAAUAAAAUCAUCAUUAAAAAUUUCAUUUAUUCUAUUAUCUGAUCAACAAACAUUACAUCAACACUUUUUAACAGCUAUUCAAAAGAUACAAUCAAAUGAUGAUGUUUAUGCUGUAUUUUCCUGUCCAAUAUCAACUAUUACAGUUAGUUUAAUUUCAUCCGAUAAUGAAAAUUUAACAAAGUAUGAAUUCAAAGAUUGGAAUCAAUAUAUGAUCAAUGCUUUUUAUAAGUAUUGUUAUGAUAGAUGUGUUUUACCAAAAAUAGAUGAUGAUAAACGAAUUCGAUUAAUUGGUCCAAUCAAUAAUGUUUAUGAAGCUAAGCAUAAAUAUCUAUUGACAAAUAUAUUAAUACAAGAAAAAAUUCAUUUACAACAACUAUUAACUACAACACCACGAACAAAAUCAAUUAUUCGAUCUCAAAUAACUAACAAUAUAUCAACCAUAUCAUCUUCUAUAUGUUACAAUAUAAUGUUAAGUUAUUGUCAAGAAGAUUCGAUUAUAUCUCAUCGUUUAGCUGAUCAUCUUAUUGAUGAAGGUUUUUCUGUAUGGAUUGAUUUAAUUGGAUCUAAUGAUGCUUUUUCACAAAUUAAUAAAUCUGAAUGUAUCAUUCUUUGUAUCAGUGAAAAUUAUGUUGAAAAUAAAUUUAGUCAAAAUACAGUAGAAUAUGUCAAACAGAUGGAUAAACAUAUUAUUCUUGUAAAAGUUCAAAAUUAUACGUUAAAUGAUUGGUUACAAGAAUUAAUUCCGAAUGAAAUCUAUUUUCAAUUGUUUGGAUCAGAAAAUCAUUUUGAUUUACAAUAUGAUAAAUUACUAUUAAAAAUUUUACAAUAUACUCAACCAGGUUAUGCUUCUUUACUUCAAAAAACAUCUAAUGGAUCUAUCAUAUUACAGCAAAAUGAUAUCGUUAGAUCUCAUCGAUAUUACAGUUUAUUAAAUUUUCUAUUGACACCUAAACAACGAGAAUCAAAUUAUCAAAAAUAUGUAAUGAAAUUAAUAAACUUGAAAAAAGGAAAAAUAGAUGAAGAUGAAAGAAAAAUUCUUAUUAAUGAAAUUGAAGAACUUAUUCGUACCACAGAAAAUCAAUGUAGACAAAAUAUUAAAGAACAGAAAAAGUCUCAUUAUUAUUAUGAUGGUGAUCAAACAAAUUUACAAACUUCAGAUGAUGAGUUAAAAGAAGAUGAAUUGAAAUUACAGAUUUUGUUCGACUCAGGAAUAUUAUCUGAUCAAUUCAUGUUGAAAAAAGCACUAGACUUGAAGACAAAACAGAAUAUUCCACCAUAUACGGUAUCUGGUGAUAUCAAUGAUGCACCAUUUCCAAUGAUAGAUGAAGUUUUACGAAAUCCAAAAUUAAUAGUUCGUACAGGAAUAACUGGAUUGCAUCAUGGUAGCUUCAAGUCUUAUUUCAGCUGGAGCUUUAAUAAUCGCUAUCUGAAAUCUUUGCGGAAACAGAAUAACAAAUCUUCACAACAUGAAGAUACUAAUAUGGACUUGAAUGAUGAUGAACCAAAUAUUCAAACAAUAUCAAAUGAAGCUACGAGUUCUCAUUCUUCUGAUAUGGCAGAUGAAGACAGACUAAAAACGUUUCAAGAUUUUGGAGAAUCAAAAAAAACGAUUAAACACCAAGUAUUAGUCCAAAAAGACUUUCCCAAGAAGAGUACUUAUUCAGAACAGGAAAUAAUGGAAUUUCGCAAAAAAUUUGUCCAACAAAUGAAAGAUAAUGAAAAUGAAUUGAAUAAACUUUGUGAAGAUAUUAACCUGUUACGUAAGUCAUCAAGACAACCUAUACAUGCUGAUUUGACCGCUAUAUUUUCUUUAUCCAACGUGUCGGAUGCGGAAGAAAAACCCAUUGAAGCCUUACAAACUCAUGGUUAUCGUGAAAUUCCAUUAAAAUUUCCCUGGAAUGGAGUAUUUGAUACAAAUGCCUCAUCACUGAUACAACAACAUCCAUCAGCUUUGUUUUUUAUUGAAGUUCCACAACAAAAAUAA